UUAGCCACUGCAAAAUUGAGAGAGUUGCUUACUGUCAGUUAUUGUACAUGUCGCGAAUGCGCACGAUUGUUAUAAAAUGGCUGGCGACAAAAUUGUUGAUUGUUCGCGCAACGGGAACAGUGAGAAAAUAAGCGAGAAUGGUGACCUGAAUAUCAAUCUGAAUUUGGAAGACGAGUUUAUCGAAUCGGUGGAAUAUAUCCCUUGUCCCGAAUUUCAAUUCUCGACAGUAGCAUGUUAUAUCUGUAAUGGAUAUUAUGGGCCUUGUUUUGAAGAACCAGUCUGCGCGACCUGUCAUGCAUUCCUAUUCCCGAAUGACGUCGAUCCUCUACAAGUCCCAAUUUUUAGUGAGAAAACAGAUGAUGAAGAUUCAGGAAAUGAUGAGCCAACUGAUCUUUAUUACAAUCAUGAGAGGAGAAUGAGCCAGCAGCAGCAAAACUCGCCGCAAAGCGUCAAUCCUAAUAUCCCAAACGCACAACAGAAUGUAACGAAUCAUAACAUGAACAUUUCUCGCAGAUCGUACAUGCAGUAUCAAAAUGUGGCACCUCAGUGUAACUAUCACAUGCCCCAAAAUUCGCACAACAAUCCUGUCGACAAAUGCGUAAUGGCGUUCGCGCGGAACGCGUCAUUUCCGCAUGAUGUAAAUCUUGAUCUGCCAAGCAUGAUCUGUCGAACAAGAGGUGGCUGCCAUCAGAAUUAUGCCAGUGGACACGAUCGAAAUGUGCAAGAUCAAAUAGAAGAGGAUCCGCAGAGUGUACCAGAGGCAUUCGUGCCAGCUGAUGGCCGUAACAGCAAUGAAAACGCCGAUAAUAUCGCACCAUAUCCCUGGAAUUACAGAGUGUACAGUGACGACGUGGGUGAGCCAUCGUCGCGAGCUUACAAUCUUUCCGAGAGGCUAGAGAUACUAUCGAAUCACAGGCAUAUCGAACAUGAACCCAUCAACGAGCCUGGCCUAGUGGAGAGGUUGCCGCCCGAGGUACUGCUUGCCAUUUUCUCGCAUCUCGACGAUAUCAGCCUAUGGUCGGCAGCGAACGUUUGCCGACGAUGGUGCGGUUUACUGUCGACGCAUGUUACGCAGUCGCAAUGGAAACAACACGUGAAGUUACGUUGGCCCCUCUACAAGCCCAUCGGUUGCGUCAAGAAUUGGUACAAGGUAUACGAUUACCUGGCCUCUUCGGCACCUUGUCGAACUUGCUUGGCGCAGACAUCUCUGCGAUCGAGGCCUCCGAGAAUGGAGGAGAACUCUUGGCGAAGAAAUAGGCUACGCAGCGAGCUGAAGAGUCUGAGGAUCGAUCCACCCGAAGGGAUCGAAGCGAUGCCGCUUGAUCACAUGUGUUGCCAUUGGCAGGCUACUAUCACGGGACCAGUAGGAAGUCCAUACGAAGGAGGACUGUUUUAUCUUUAUCUACAAGUACCGUUCAGUUAUCCCAUGUGUCCACCUGUAGUCAGGUUUCUAACGAAAAUAUUGCAUCCAAACGUGUCUAGACAUGGAGACGUUGGCAUAGAUUCGAUACAUCAUAACUGGUCAUUGGCUCUUACGAUAUCUAAAGUACUGAUUAGUGUACAAAGUCUGCUUACGGAUCCGUACUGUCAAGUAUGUAUGGAACCAGAAUUGGGGGAGAUGUACAUGAAUGAUCGCGAGAAAUUUGAAGAGGUGGCCAGGGCAUGGACAUGGAGAUACGCGAUGCAUGAUGUUGUCACGCCGCUUUAAUGCGUCGGAAUGUAUAAAUCGCAAUUGAUCUGUAAAAUCAGUACACAGUACCUAGACUUAGGUGUUAUAAAUAGGCAAUGCAUAGACAUUAUACUCGUAAAGUAUUUAAUAACUUGAUAACGACUUGUGAUAUAUUGUGCUAAGAUAUACAACGGAUGAGCAUGCAUUCAUAGAAAUAUUUGUCAAUGGCGAUGGAGUAUAUGGCAAAAUCAAAGUCGAUCAUUUUGUAUUACAGAAUCCAUUAAAAAACGUAUACAUUUUA